AUGGAUCUGCAGACCACCAGCUCGCUGGUGAAGUGCCGGGUAUUCCCCGCGACCUUGGGCGACAUCCCGCGCGCCUGGCUCAGAAGCCUCCCGUCUCGCAGCAUUGGUAGUUGGGAAGAAUGCCAGCGGAAGUUCCUCGGGCAGUACAGAGCUCUGAGACGGCAGCUCGCCCCGUCGUGCCACCUCGCCAGGGUCUUCCAAAGGUCGGGCGAGUCCCUCAAAGAUUACAUCGCCAAGUUCCGGCGCGAGGUGAGUAACGUCGAAAGUCCCUCGGAUGAAAGUAUCCUGACGGUCGUCUCGGCAGGUCUCAGGAAAGACGGGAAGCUCUACGAGAGCAUCUAUAAAUCACCCGUUGCGGAUCUGGGAGAAUUCUAUGAACGAGCUGCAAAGGAGAUCCGGUGGGAAGAAGCGUUCGGGAAGAAGCCCGCCGGACAUAGAGAGGAAGUCGGAAGCUCUAACCGAGAUGGGAAAAGGAACGACGGGGGAAACAGAAAGGACAACCGAGGAGAGCGGUCUAACAAUCAGGUAGCCAAGCGAGCUCGGCGGGAAGAACAAGAGGACCGACCUCCGAGACAAGGCCGUUUCAACAACUAUACGACCCUAUCAAAUUCUCAAGAAAGGAUCUUCGCCAUGGAAAGGAGAAGAGAGGAUUUCGGGAGGCCAAACCCGAUAAAAACUCCCAACAAGUUCAGAAAUAGGGAGAAGUUUUGUGUGUAUCACAACGAGGUGGGGCACGACACCUUUGAAUGUUACGCUUUGAAGGAUGCAAUUGAAGAACUGAUUCGAAGGGGCCGGCUACGAGACUAUGUGGUGCGACCUGCAAAUCAGCCACCACAACAGGCGAAUCAACAACGAACGCCCACCGAGGAUGAGCGCGCACCAGCAGUUCGGACGAUCUAUACGAUCCACGGCGGUCCUCACCUCGCAGGCACAUCGAACAGGUCGCACGAAAGGUAUGUACGCGAGGCUAAUCAUGUCCUAGUGGCAGGAUCUAACGAGUAG